AUGGAGGACAGAGCCCGCACGGUCUUUUCGCUUCUGGUUGUGAUCCUGUUAUUUUGCUCCGCCGGAUGCUUUCCUCGGAUGAAUUCACAAGGUACUCAGAGACGCCUGCCUUCGUCCGUCAUAGACCUGCUGCCUUCAAGCGUCAUCGACCAAUUGUCCGAAUCUGUCAUUGACCGGCUCUCAGAAAUUGGUCUGCCAGAGGGAACCCUGGAAAAGUUGGAGGAAGCCAGUGAAGAGAUAAUCGAGAUCACUGAUGAGGACAGUGAAGAGGUGACUGAGGGCCCUCCUCCUGUCCCACCGACAGAAUAUCCCCGCCCGACUGGAGGCAUUCCACCAGGCCCCCCGACGAUAAGCCCGAGUCAAAUCAUCGCCGUCCCAGGUGUUGAUCUUACGGCGGCGCGAAGUGGAAUGGUGCACAUACCAAGUGGACAGUUCAUGAGACUUCGCGCAGAUAAUGGCGGGUCCGUUGCUUCCGGUCGGAUUGAGCUGCUGAUGGAGCAUCAGUGGGACGCGGUGUGCAAUGAUGAGUGGUCGAGAAGGAGGGCCAACCGGACGUGUUUAGAUCUAGGCUACCCACGAGGUGUUGAGACCUACCCCAUGCCGUUUGGUCCGGAGCCGCUAGAACCUUGCUAUGCUGAUCCGAUGGGUUGCCAGGAUGAUGCCGUCCGAGACUGUGGCGAAGAUGAGCCCGAUGGUCUAACAUGCAAGGUCAGCGGAGAGUGCCCUAGAGACUGGUUCUACAAUAACGGCAGCUGCUACGGUAUCUUUGCUCAAAACAAAACCUGGGACGAGGCAGACGCUGUUUGCUCGGAUAACGAAGCUCGUUUGGUGAUCAUAGGCUCGCAACAGGAGAAUAACUUCAUAUCUGACAUGCUGAUGAACACCUAUCCACACUUCGGAGACUUGGGUUUCCUCACCGAUGCUGACACUUUUGGUGGCCAAGAUGAAUGGUACUGGAGGUCUUUAGAAGAAAGAAUACAGUUCAUGAAGUGGUUCCCAGGCUUCGACAAUGAAGGCGCUCCUCCACCAAUGGCGAACGAGGAAUGCAUGGCCUUGACCCAUACAUUCACCUCAUGGAUACAAGGGUCAGGGUCACAAAAGGUCAGCUACUUCUUCUGGAAACCAGUCUCCUGUGGCGAAGCGAGACCGUUUAUUUGUGAGAAAGUUGCGGGUGAUGCUGUCACCACGGCACAACCAACGACUACAGAGAGGCCGACAACAACAACCACAACCGCAACCACAACCACAACAGAGCCUGCUAUUACAACUACCUUACCCAUACAACCAUGCUCUGACGAUCGUGAGGCCCGCUGCGCCAAUGGUGCUUGCGUCCCCCUCAGGUAUUUUUGUGAUGGCGAUAAUGAUUGUGUAGACAACACAGAUGAAGAGAAUUGCGAAGACGGUGUCCAAGUGAGACUGGUCAACGGUUCUUCCCCUCUUGAAGGGCGAGUGGAGUUUACCAUGUACGGCGCGACGGGGACGAUAUGUGACGACGGGUGGGACAAUCAGGACGCAGAGGUAGUUUGUCGGAUGCUGGGCCUUUCAGGGGGCAGAGCAUUUUUGAGGGCGCACUUCGGAAAAGGCAUUGGGCCCAUGUGGCUGGAUGAUGUCAAUUGCAUAGGAAGUGAAGCAUAUUUAACCGAGUGUGAUAUGGCGAAUGAAUGGGGUCAAAACGACUGCAGCCACAAUGAAGAUGCUGGCGUAAGGUGCGAGCUCGGGACUGGGACAACCACACCGGAAACUGUGACCACAGCUACUAACGAAGUCACUGAGACGACUCGUACAACUCAAGCACCUGCACCUAACACGACAUACACCACGUCAACCCCUGAAGCGACCACGACAGUCUCUCUCUGCCCUGAUGAUAAAGGUCAAUGCGCCAAUGUCACCACGGCACAACUAACGACUACAGAGAGGCCGACAACAACAACCACAACCACAACCACAACCAAGCCUGUUAUUACAACUACCUUACCCAUGCAACCAUGCUCUGACGAUCGUGAGGCCCGCUGCGCCAAUGGUGCUUGCGUCCCCCUCAGGUAUUUUUGUGAUGGCGAUAAUGAUUGUGUAGACAACACAGAUGAAGGGAAUUGCGAAGGACCUAAGGCUUGCUUUAUCAUUCACAUUUUAGACGGUGUCCAAGUGAGACUGGUCAACGGUUCUUCCCCUCUUGAAGGGCGAGUGGAGUUUACCAUGUACGGCGCGACGGGGACGAUAUGUGACGACGGGUGGGACAAUCAGGACGCAGAGGUAGUUUGUCGGAUGCUGGGCCUUUCAGGGGGCAGAGCAUUUGUGAGGGCGCACUUCGGAAAAGGCAUUGGGCCCAUGUGGCUGGAUGGUGUCAAUUGCAUAGGAAGUGAAGCAUAUUUAACCGAGUGUGAUAUGGCGAAUGAAUGGGGUCAAAACGACUGCAGCCACAAUGAAGAUGCUGGCGUAAGGUGCGAGCGCGUUCAAGUGAGGCUUGUAGAUGGCUCCGGACCACAUGAAGGACGGGUGGAGAUCACCCGGUAUGGAGUCACUGGUACCGUGUGUGAUGACCGGUGGGAAGACGAGGAUGCUAGAGUCAUUUGUAGAAUGCUCGGUUACACGGGUGGAAGAGCGGACAAUGAUUUUGAGCGAGGCAACGGAGCAAUUUGGUUGGAUGAAUCCGCCUGUGAAGGAGACGAAAGUGACAUCACUGAUUGCGGAGAAAGAUCCCAGUGGGGUCAGAACAACUGCGACCAUAACGAAGACGCUGGUGUUGUAUGCGACACCGGAGAUACCACGACGACUACUACGACUACAGUUCAGCCAACAGCAGUUACAGAAACAACUCAAUCUCCUGUAUCUAGCUAUGUGAUCCGUCUGAAUAAGACUGGCACCAUUGGUGGCCACGAGGGGACGGUGGAGGUGCGGUACCAGGGAGUCUGGGGAACAAUAUGUGACGACGGGUGGAACAUACCUGAUGCAGAUGUUGUGUGCAGGCAGCUGGGGUUCAGUGGUGCUGAUUCUGCCGUUACCAAUGGUCAGUUCGGUCGUGGUGUCGGUCGCAUUAUGUUGGACCAAGUUACAUGCGAGGGUGAGGAGGAUCGUCUCUACGAAUGCCCGAGUAACGACUGGGGUGAUCAUGACUGUCAGGCGUUUGAGGCUGCCGGCGUAGUUUGUCUGAAAGUUGCCGGUUGCAGGUCAUCUGAGUGGGCGUGCGGCAAUGGUAAAUGCAUUCCUGCACAAUACAUUUGCGAUAGCGACAACGACUGCGGGGAUGGAUCUGAUGAGCAAGCCUGCGAAUCUGCUGAUAUAACCGUGAGGCUCGUGAAUGGCCCCACACCCAUGGAGGGACGUGUGGUGGUGAGGAGAAAUGGUAUAAAUGGUACUGUAUGUGAUGACUAUUGGGACGAUGACGAUGCAAAGGUGAUAUGUAGGAUGCUUGGACACGCAGAUGGCACUGCAGUAGAGGGUGGUGCUUACGGCGCAGGCUCUGGACUUCUAUGGCUGGAUAACGUGGCCUGCGAUGGUUCUGAGCAGCACAUUGACCAAUGCCCCGCCGAUGACUGGGGCGUUAGCAAUUGCGAUCAUGAUGAAGAUGCGGGUGUGAAGUGUCUUGAUACCCCAAGGACCACCACAACACCAUACCCCGGGUACACUAAGCCAACUGUUGGAAUAGAAAAUUGCCGAAGGGAACCACAAGAUGUUGCACUUGCCAUUGAAGUCAGCCGAACUGGCGAGAUUGUCACUGGGAGACCCUCGAACAUAGUCGGAGGGGUAGCUGCCAUAUACGGCGCCUAUCCUUAUCAGGCAGGAAUCAGGAAGACGGUCACUGCGAGUGGUGACGUCACUCAGCAUUGGUGUGGGGCUACCAUACUCAACGAGUACUGGCUACUUUCUGCGGCCCACUGCUACCGUGGGAGGUCAAAGGACAGCUUCAGAGUCCGUGUUGGGGACUUUGAUAAUAGCGUACAGGAUCCGCUGGAGGAAGAGUUUGAAAUCGAAAAGAUAGUAUCACACAACCAAUACGGCGCUGGGAAAAGGUACGACUUUGACAUCGCCCUUAUCAAGAUCCAGCCUAACUCUGAGCAUCGUGGAAUCGCGUUUUCACGCAAGGUCCGGCCCGCAUGCCUCCCAACUAACGAGACGGAGUACACCCCCGGCUUGAAGUGUUUCAUCACUGGAUGGGGAAAUACUGGAACUGCGUAUCCUAGGACAUUGCAAGUGGCCGAAGUUCCACUUAUCUCACAUACGAAAUGCCAAGAGAUGUACAAAGGCAGCAUCACUGAGUACAUGUUCUGUGCGGGUUUCAGAGCUGGCGGUGUGGACACGUGCCAGGGAGACAGUGGUGGUCCGCUCGUCUGCAUCAUUGACGACAACUACGUCGUAUUGGGCGCAACGUCUUGGGGUAAUGGGUGUGCUCAGCCUAAUGCCCCUGGCGUCUACACAAAGGUUGGCAAUCUCGUUGACUGGGUCUGGAAGACGACGCAGCAAGGAUAA